GUGAGUAGCAGCAGCAAAACACAACACUUCACUUCACUUCACUUGUCACUUCUCACUUCUCACUUCUCACUUGUUAUUAGCCAUUAGCCGCAGCCGAAGGUGGAAGAAGAAGAAGAAGAAGCAGAAUCCGGAGCUGAUAACGCCACAGCACAGCUAGGGUUCCCACCUCCCAAUCCCACUUCCUUCCUUUUCCCUUAUUGUGAGCCUCUCUCUUUCUCUCUCUUCCAACCUCAUCUACAAUUUCUCGAUAACAACAUUGAUAGCCUCUUCAUCUUUGCUUCAAAUUUUAUAAUUGGUCAAUUAGGAUAUGUCUUCUGAUAGUGCAAAGGAAAAUGCAUCCGUAGUUGAUUCUUCGCUCACUGAAUGGAAGCAUGACAUUGGAAAUUCAGAUGACCCAGGUAUGAGUAUGACAACUGGAACUGGAGUGGAAAGCAUAUAUAAUACAAAAUAUUUUAUCAUUAAGAGUUUAAAUCAUCAAAACAUCCGUUUAUCAGUUGAGAAAGGAAUUUGGGCUACUCAAGUCAUGAAUGAACCCAUUUUGGAAGAAGCUUUUCAUAAUUCAGAUAGUGUAAUCCUUAUAUUUAGUGUCAACAUGAGUGGCUGCUUCCAAGGAUAUGCACAAAUGACUUCCUCCAUUGGGUGGAGGAGAGAUAAUGUUUGGAAUGAGGGUAGUGGUAAGGGUAAUCCUUGGGGUCGCAGUUUUAAUGUCAAAUGGCUGCGUUUAAAUGACCUUCCCUUUCAUAAGACUCUUCAUCUGAAGAAUCCCUUGAAUGACUACAAACCUGUCAAAAUUAGUAGAGAUUGCCAGGAGUUAUCACCAGAUAUUGGUCUUGCUCUUUGUGAACUCCUUGACGGUAAAAACGAGGUGGAUGGCCUGCUGACGAGUUCAUCCACAGAUGACUUAUAUUGGAAAGGGCAUCAUUCAAAGACAUCAGGGGGUUUUGCGGGAGGUGAAGACUAUAACUUCCAUCCACUCCAUUUAUCAUGGUCAAUGUCCCUGCCAUACUCUUCCAUGCUUUACCAAAAUCAAGCUGAGUUAAGUCAAUUUCAUUCAGCAAGCAAUAGAUUCAGUGGGACAACAAUCACCAAAAGAUUGCCUACCACCACUGUGUCAUCAAAAGUGUCAGGGACUAAACAUGCUCGUUUUAGUUCCUUAACAGAAGAUGAUUUUCUUGACAUGUCCUAUGAAGAAUACUUGGAGAUCCAUAGCAGAUGCAGGAAACAAUUGUGCCUCGGUGCAGCUCAACCAUCUUUCAAACAGACGGAAUCAUUGAGAAGUAAUUCGCAUGGUGAUUAUAGCAAUUUGGACGAGUUUGAUAGAGACAGGACCAGCUCUCAAAGGAGCAAUCAGUAAUCUCUGCCUUGGAUAUAACUGCUCCAACAUGGAGACGUUUUGCAUCCUGGACUUGUGGAGUUGUCAAUCUUAGGGUGGCCCUAUUCCAUAAGAACUCGUGAAACAAAAUUUAAUUGUAAUUUAUCUAGAAUUAAGAUGUAGUAUUGUACCUCUUAUUAAGUGAGUAACUCACAGGGCUUAAUUGAGUCCUGUUGAGCUAUUUGUACAGAAUGUAGAAUUAGAUUGGCAAUAACUUUCACUCUAUGUAUGUAGUUAUGUACUUUUCUAAUCUGAAUAAUUUCUGGAUAAUUGUCUAUAAAAAAAAUGCUUAUUUUGGUUUA